AUGCGACGCCCAGAGGUACAGUCCCACGAGCCUGUCAUCGAAGGAUGGAUUGGGUGGCCCAGCUAUGGUGUGGACAAGCUACCCGGAGGUAAGCUACCUUACCUACCUUGCCUUGCCAUGCCAUAUUACGCUGCUGCUGCAAGGCAAAAAGCUUUCUGGCCGCUUGCGAACCACCAGAUCAGGUCCGAUCAGGGCGACCAAGACGCGCAACAGACCAUCGAUGGCGGCUGGCUUCUCGGAUUUGGGUUUUGCCUCUCCCGUCUUAGUACCAAGGAACAAGAGGAGAAGGAACUGUAA